UCUGAUAAUGAUUUGUCUUGUUUUCAAGCUGUUGUGUCAGUGGAUGGGCGGCCUGUGAGACUCCAGCUCUGUGACACUGCAGGACAGGACGAGUUUGACAAGCUGAGGCCCCUCUGCUACACCAACACAGAUGUCUUCCUACUCUGCUUCAGUGUGGUGUGUCCUGCAUCGUUCCAGAAUGUCUGCGAAAAGUGGGUACCUGAGAUCCGGUGCCACUGCCCCAAAGCCCCCAUUAUCCUGGUGGGGACACAGUCAGACCUCAGAGAGGAUGUCAAAGUACUCAUCGAGCUGGACAAAUGCAGAGAAAAGCCAGUGCCUGAAGAGGCAGCGAGGCUGUGUGCUGAGGAAAUCAAAGCUGUCUCGUACAUUGAAUGCUCAGCCUUGACUCAGAAGAACCUCAAGGAAGUAUUUGAUGCCGCCAUUGUGGCUGGCAUCCAGCACACAGACUUCCAGCAGCAGCCCAGGAAGUGCAAGAGCAGAGCCCCGGACAAAGUGAGGACCCUCUCCAAGUCCUGGUGGGGGAAGUACUGCUGCCUCACAUGACACUGUGGGGCUGUAACGACAGCCACCUCUGAGGUGGUGCCAAGAGGAAUGACUGUGCGUGUGGGUAUGUGUGUGUUGGGUGUGUGUGUGUGUGUGUGUGUGGGAGAGAGAGAGAGAGAGAGAGAGCACACACGCACAGAAGAGCCCUCAGCUUCUGCAUUCCUCCAUCCCUUAAAUUUUCUUGUUUGUUGGAGCUUAGGGAUGAGAUUCUGAUGCAAGAUGAGAAACUCAAAGGAAUUUUGAAGUAAGUUAAGAAUUUUUCACAACCCUGGAAAUUUAGAGCUCUAGACCUCUGGAUUAAUUUAUAUCUAAUAUGGAAAGAACACCUCAAAGCUGGAUGUCAAGAAUGAAAUUUUGCUGCAUUACUGUGUACAGAAGGAUGAAGGGGGGAGUUGUGGUUUUGACCCUCUGGACUGAGGGCUGCUUGGUGCUAGGUGCAUUGUGUGCACAUGGCAGCCUCUGUGGAAACAGCUCAGCUUUGAAACUCCAUGCAAACGAAACCUUUUGCUUUUUAAGAGCAAAGUCUGAGAAAACAGAGACCUCUGCCUACAGAACCUCAAACCCAUCCUUUUGCCACCGAAUAAUACUCAAUUGCAUAAAUUUUAAAACAACCAAAAUAAACCAUCUCACUGACUCCUGGUAGACCAAAAAGGAAGUUUGUUUGAAAUUGGUAUUUUUUUUCAUCCUAAAACCAAUUGUGCCCACACCAUAUGAAAAGAACCAAAAUGCCUGCUGAAGGCCCUGAUGCCACAGCUCUAUUACUAUCUGGGGAUGACUCACAUUGAGAUCAGAGCAUGGUGUUUGUUCUUGGGACUAACUUGUCCCUAGGCAGCCUGGUCCUGGUGAUAAGGCAAAGGGAGCUCCUGUCUGGUGUCGUAAUCUAUAUCUUGCUCUCCAUUUACAGGAUGGUGGUUGCAGUGAGAGGUACAGAGAUGCUAUGUGCUUUUCCUUUGAAUCAGGCAAAAUGUUCUCCUCUGUGUGCGUGUGUAUGAACACACACGUAGGCACGUGGUAUCUCUGCUGCUGCUUCAGACUUAAGCUGGCCACAAAGCCUGUCAGAACGGUUUAGCUUCCUCUUCUUGUCACCACUUAUUUGAACAGACAUUUUUUUUUUUCUUUUUUUUUUUUGGUACCGGGGAUUGAACUCAGGGCCUUGCUCUUUCAAGUCAGGCUUGGUGCCACUGAGUUAAAUCCCAACCCUGAACAUACAUCUUUUUGAUUAUACAUUAGCUAUGAUUUUAAGCAUAUCUUAAUUUGCACAUUUUUGAGACCAUUUUAAAACCAGAAAAAUGAACACAUGUAGAGACCAGUUAAGACAGUUCACUCCCCAGUGGCUCCCAGAGGCCUGCAGCAGACAGCACUGUGUCAGGGACAGGUGUGGUCACCAGGAGUACAUUCGGCCAGGGCUCUAACCACGUGCUUCAAUUCUGCAAGACAGUCACACAGCCGUACUCAUGGCACCCUUAGGGUGGUGGUCUGAAGACAGUCCUGAGGAGGGUCCUCUCAGAUGGGAUGGGUCUGCUUCCGAGAUGCCACAGUGGCUGGACACUGAAUCAGCAUCAGGCUUGCCCUGGAUGAAGCAGUCACCAAAGUCACUUCAGUAACUAGCUGGGAACAUCUCUAUGAAGCCAGUGGCUAACAGAGUUUUCAUCUCUGGGUUUUGUGUUAUCAUUUUUAUAUUUUAAAAAAAUCUAGUUUGUAUUUUUCUAUAGAAAAAUAGUAAAAGAUCGGGCUUCUUUUCCUGUUAGUAAAUAAAAUGAAACAAUUUGUUUGACAAAAGUUAAUCUUUAAACCACUAAAGUACAUAGACUGUUUACUAUUGAUUUUUCUACACAUUGAAAUUGGUAUCAGUCAGUUUCCUUAAGUGUUUAAUUAAACCUGAGUGAAAAAAUUGCUUCAGUUGUGGAAAUGAUUGUAACAGACCUACUUCCUGUAGCCAUCUAGUUAUGCCUGACUUUCCACUCAAGAGCAGGUGCCUAUGUGAGCCCCUGUCAGCCCUGUGUGCAGAGAGGGGAGGGACUGGAAAGUCAUUUCAUGUGGUCCAUUAAAAUGUACAAAGGCGAAUGAGUUUUUAACGUAAAACACAAACUUUAAAGAAGUCUGCACCAUGACUGUCUGGGUGGUGUCCUCUGCCUCGGGCUGUAGUGGGAGGCUGUAAGUACGGAACACUGCCUGGCCCCAUUCUGGAAGCUUCACUUGAAAAUUUGCGUCUCACAUCUAGUAGGGUGAUGUUUAAAUGCCACAGUUUUUAAUUACUGUAUGUUGCUACACUUAUAGAAUAAUGAGGUACGAUUGUAUGAAGUUUUCCUCCAUUUUUCUUCUUGAAAAAUAAAAAUAUAGGCUGAGAAAAUUUUAAAGGUAUAUGUUUGAAUUAAAUAUGAAGGUGACUCACUUCAAAGUUGAAAUGGUUAAAUGUGUAGCUUGGUUUGCAGAGGGCUUUAGGCCUAAAUGCUACAGUCUGGGCCAAUACCAUGAUGUAGAAACUGAACUGGGCUGCAGACUGACCUCCUUCUACUACAUGUGAACAAAUGGAUGUUUUGCAACCUCCAUUCUGCUUGGCCGACUUAACAGCCCAGGACUCUGCCCAGGAAUCUCACAAGCUGAAGUGGGAGCAGGGCUCCUCUCUAGCCUGCCACAACCUGGUGCCUUACAAAGUUGUGUCUUUUGUGUCUACGUGUGAAUGACGCUGGGCAGAAUCCUGUACUUGAAAAUGCUGUAAAUGGGGUGGUAUGAAAUAAAUUCUGACCUGUGGAUACUA